AUGUAUUCUUUUUGUAAAAAAAGAAUUCGUCGACGUAGAAAAAAAUCUUUGUCUAGUAAUUCAAAUUCUUUUAAUCAAAAUUUUUCAGAACAAAUUAAAAAAGAAAUGUCUAAAAGAAAAGUAGUAUCUGAAGGAUCAAAACUUUUUCCAAUAUUUGAUAAUGCUAAAAAAUCAAAAGCUACUACUAGUUUUCGUAAAUAUGCGAAUCCUGAAAACAAACUUAGAAUAUGUAGUUGGAAUGUUGCCAGUUUAAAGGCUAUUAUCAAGAAAGAUGGCAUAUCAGCAAUAAAAGGUCUCGAUGCCGAUAUUAUGUUUCUUCAGGAGACAAAAUGUACUGAGUUACCAAAAGAAAUUAAUGAUAUAGAGAUGUUUGGUUUUAAAAGAUUAUAUCCAGCAACUGUAAAGAAAGGUGGUUAUUCAGGAAUUUGUAUGUUAGCUCGCGAAGCACCAUCUUCUGUUGUACUAGGUAUUGGAAAUAAAGAAUUUGAUUCUGAAGGAAGAAUUAUUACUGCAGAGUAUCCGGAUUUUUAUGUAGUUGGUGUUUAUGUUCCAAAUUCUGGUGCUGAAUUGGUAAAUCUUUCUAAAAGAAAGGUAUGGGAAGAUUUACUUUUAGAAAAACUUAAGAAUUUGGAUGAAAAAAAACCUGUUAUUUAUGUUGGAGAUUUAAAUGUUGCUCAUCAAGCUAUUGAUUUGGCAAAACCUGACUCUAAUUACAACAAAACAGCUGGUUAUACACAACAAGAAAUAGAUGAUUUCUCACGUCUUCUUAAUUCUGGAUUUGUUGAUGUAUAUAGAAAAUUAUUUCCUGAUGAAACUGGAGCUUAUACUUAUUAUUCUUAUCGUUUCAAUUGUCGUGCCAAAGGUAUUGGUUGGAGGCUAGAUUACUUUGUCAUUUCUGAACGUAUCUUUGAUCGUGUUGAAGAAUGUAAAAUUUUUAAGAAUAUUGAAGGUAGUGAUCACUGUCCGAUUUCAUUAACAAUUGAUCUUUGA